AUGACGGCGCCCGUGCCGCUCGCAGUGAUGACGCUGCUGCUGACGAUGAUGGCGGCUCGCGGGGCCGCCGUCUCCCAGGCGGUCGUCGUCGCGGCCGGGGGCGGGGGCGCGGGCAGCGAGACGCCGCCCCCAGCCGUGCCGCGCACUCAGCUGGCCGGCCCCCGCGGGGGCGACGACGACUACGACUACGACGAGGAGUACCUGGAAGAGGAGCAGCCCGUGACCGGCACGGCCUCUGGCCUGGGGCAGUACCUGGGCGCGCCGUGCGUCGACGACUGCAGCCCCUCGCUGCCACACACCUUCUGCGACCCCGUGACGCAGGUGUGCGAGUGCGAGAAGCACUACCCCGUCAAGCUGGGCGCCACCAAGGGCUGCGCCAAGCCGGUGCGGCUGGGCGAGCAGUGCUACUACCUGGCGACGUGCACGUACACGGACGCGCACGCCGAGUGCAAGCAGAUCGCCCACAACGCCAUCUGCCAGUGCAAGCCCGGCUACCACGUGGUCGCGCGCCAGCGCCCCACCAAGAAGGUCUUCUGCUCAGAAGACCUGGUGCUGCUGACGACGGACAUGCCGACGCUGUUCGGCGUGGCGACCGGGCUAGCCAUCUUCACGGCACUCAUCUGCUUCGUGCUGAAGCUGUUCAGCAGAGCCAGGUACUCUCGGCCGCGGCACUACGCCAACGCCAACCUGGCGCCGCCCAUCCUCUUCUCCAGCGAGACCGGGAUCCCGCUGGCGGUGCACGGGGCUCGGCCGCCGUCGCGGGCCUCCAGCCAGCGCAGCGCGGGCACCGCCGGCUCCUCGACGGGCGGCUGCGGCUUCGCGCCGCCGCGGCGAGCCUCCAGCGACGGGCUGGUCAGCCUGGCGGGCACGGCGCGCGCGUGCGCGUCGCGCGGCGUCGCGGUGCCGGCGUCGCGGGCAGGUGCGGCUCGAGCCGCGGCCAUCUUGCUUAUCUCGUGCCACCUGACGGCCACCGCGGCCAAGGCGGCCGCCGCCGAGGAGGAGGACUCGGAGGCGGAGGCGCCGCCGCCGCUGGCGGGCCCGGCGCCCACCCCCACGCCCGUCACCAGCGGCGCGCCCGCCGCCCUGCCGGACCCCGGCCUCGACCUGCUGGACGCCGACUCGGAGGACGAGCCGCCUCUGCAGCAGCGGGAGCCCGGUUCCCGGAGACCCAGCCUGGCGUCCAUCCACUCGAGCGCCUCCUCGUCGCGCUCGAUGAGCUUCAGCAUGCGGAAGUUCGAGCGCGAGAACCAGCAGCGCGAGGAGCGGCGGCUGCAGCUGCUGGCCCAGCAGCAGGAGCAGCAGCAGCUGCAGCAGCAGCAGCUGCUGGAGAUCCAGCAGAAGCAGCAGCAGCAGCAGCUGCAGCUGCGCCAGGAGCCGCAGCAGGCGGCGCAGGCCCACCAGCAGGCGCCAUCGCCCAGCCCGCGAACGCCCAUGAGCACCGACGAGCUGCUGCCCGCCGUCUCCGAGGAGGCGCUGUACAACUCUGGUUCAUCCAGUGCCAGCAGCAGCCACGUGCAGUCCGCCUACCAGGGGCCGUGCACCUCGACCGAGGCAUCGCGCUAGCUGCUCGCAACACGUUACGCGCACCGCCGAUUCCACAGCUGGUCUGUCCACCGGACCUGAAGAGGGCUUACUUCUGCACCCCGUGAGCUCUCCACCGGUCAGAAGACGUAUCUCGGGUGCUUCGUCCAGUUACGUGGCAGAGGUCACUAUGCCUCGACAGUGGCACGUUCUUUAACGCGGAGAGUUACGAGGAGAGUUCAUAGUUUACAGGGCAGGCAGACACAGUACAGUAACUAAGUGUACCGUAAGUCUUUCUGAGAAGCCUUUGACCCCGUGUCACAUGACAGGGGGUUCUACUUUUGCUAAAGAUAAACUCGACACUUGUGGGACAUUCCAAUAAUUCACCAAAUAACUCGCAGAUUAUCAUGUGCAGAGGAUAAAUGCCAUUAAAACUUUAUACACUUCCAGUGCGAUGUACAUCAGAUUUUCAGUGGCUCGUUUCACUUCUCGAGAACAUGCGACAGACUCGUCACCCUUAACAGUUACGCUUCAGUCCAGGAGAUAACCCACAUAUACACCAAGGUCUAAUACUGCAUCAGUGACAAAUUGUGCAACUUUUAUGGAUUUGUGUAACAUAAUUUUUGAGAAGAUAUUUCUUUUGACCAUAAUGACUAUAUCAGGCAUUCUCACAUUGUGUUUAAAGGAUUUUCCAUUGAACUAUGAAUUCUAACAUUCUGUACCAAACACUAGUGUUGCCUGCAGGCCUUAUGCAACUCUGUGGGAGAUAACACUAUAUCUUU